AUGACCUUCCUGGAUACCAUCCUGUCAGUCCUGCCAGACGUGCCAUUUUUACCGCCAGCGGCCCCGACUCAGGCUGGCAAAGAUGGAAAGCCACAGUCUGGCCCUUUGAAGAGAUUCACGGGAACGGCGUCUGCUUCGCGGAAGGAAGGGCGUGAUGAGACGACUGGGGCUGCCAUCAACUCUCAGGAUCCGAGUUAG